AUGUGGUUGAGUCUUAAUUGUGAUAAUAAAAACAACGGUUUAAUAAUGUAUUAAAAAUAAUUGCACACAUUGUUUUUAAUUUAUUUUAUAUGAUUAUUAAAAGAAAACGAGAAAAUGCAGAAAAGUAGUGGAAAUUUACGACGUUCGUUAAGAAUAAAGGCAUACAAUAGUGAGCAUGAAAACAUCCAUAAAACUGAACAAAUACAACAAGAUAGAUUAAUUGAUUCGUCAAUAGAAAAAGAAAACCUUUUAGAAGAUAUUAGUGAAAAUAUACAAAAACCAACUGAAUUAUUUAGUGAAAAUGAUGUUAGCGGUAAGAAUAUGUAUCAGUUUCAAAUACCUAAGAAAAACAGUAUGGUACAAAAAGCAUAUUUGUCUCGUAUGUCAUCCACAGAACAAAAGUCUCAGGUAGCCAAAAUUAAAACUAGCAAAAAUGCUAGUGCAAAACGCGAUAGUAAUAAUAAAUUAAUCAACAAUAGAAAAAGUCAUUCUAAACUAGAUAUAGAGUCAAUAUCCAGUGAUGAUGAAAGUGUAUCAGAAGAAAGCAUUUAUGUACCUUCAGAAGAUGAAAUGGAAAUAGAGUCGGAGUACGAAGAAGUUAGUGAUCAUUCUAACACGAGUAAUGAUGAAGAUAGUAUAAAAAAAUCUAAUUUAAAAAUUAUGCAGCAUAAGAUCAAACUACAAUCUAAAGUAAUUAGUACUCCGAAAAGAUCGCAAACUAAAUAUAAAACUCCUUGCAAAGAUUACCAUAUGAGAACCGAUGAAUAUUUUGAGAAUCAAUCACAGAAAGCUUUUACGUCCAAUCACACGCUCGCUCGUCUUCGCAAUUCUUGUUUUACUAGAGAUAAAUUGCAAGAAUUAUUGGCUAAUCAGGAUCAUAUUACUAAAACGCAUAAGAAACUUAUUUAUUCACUCUCAAAAGAUUAUCAUGAUUUUUUUCCUAUGUGGUAUUUUAUUAUGGAAGAAGGAUAUACUCUUUUGCUGUAUGGUUUGGGAUCGAAAAGGAAUUUAAUCAACGAUUUUCAUAAUCAAUUUAUUUCCAAUCAUCCAACUUUAGUAGUUGAUGGCUUUUUUCCUAGUUUAACGAUCAAAGAUAUUUUCGAUAGCAUAAUAAUAGAUAUUUUAGAAUUGAGUCCACCAACUGCUAUAACUGAAUGCAUCGAACUUAUUACCAAUGUAUUAAAGAAGAAUCCGAAAGACCGAUUAUAUUUAUUAAUUCAUAAUAUAGACGGUAUAAUGCUGCGCUCUAAUAAAGCCCAGGAUGCACUUUCAACUCUUGCCAGAAUACCUAAUUUUUGUAUUAUGGCAUCUAUCGAUCAUAUAAAUGCACCUCUUUUGUGGGAUCAUACAAAGCAUUCAAAAUACAAUUUUUAUUGGUGGGAUACUACAACGCUUUUGCCAUAUGAAGCUGAAACUUCGUAUGAAAGUUCUUUAUUAAUACAACACAGCGGAACGCUUGCUUUAUCAUCCCUCAUCAAUGUGUACCUGUCUUUAACAUCAAAUGCUCGAGCAAUGUAUAAUCUUUUAAUACAACAUCAGUUGGAUAAUAGUAAUAAUAGUGAUUUUUCAGGAAUGGCAUUUAAGGAUUUAUAUCGAACAGCACGAGAAAAUUUUCUUGUGAGUACUGAUUUAGCUCUGAGAGCACAACUAACAGAAUUCAUAGAUCACAAAUUAGUACGAACUAAACGUAACAAGGAUGGUACGGAAUGUUUGACAAUUCCAUUAAGUAAUAAUUUAUUGAAACAAUUCCUUGAGCAACAUAAAACUUAAUUUUUACUGUAUAUAUUUAUUUUUAUAUAGUAAGAUAAAUAAAAAAAGCAUAUAAAAUAAAUUAGGAUAAGAAAAAUUAGAAAUUAACAAAAAAAAAACAUGAUAUUGUACAAUAUGAAACACGAUUUUGAACGAUGUGUAUGUGUGCGUGUGCAUCAGAUCAGGUGAUAAAAUUAAAUACGUGUGUGAUAUUGUUAAUAAUAUAAUAUAUUCAAAAUAUAACGUAACGAUGAAUCCUUUACUGUUACAUAUUUUGAAUAUAUUGUCAAUUAAUAUUUUUGUAUUAUUUUUUUAAGAAGAAUAAAAAGAAAUGGUCGGUAAUGUAGAACGCGAUAGAAAAAUGAUAAUGACAGCCCCCUUCCAACUGCAUAGUAAACAAAAAUGUGAAUACUCGUUAAAUCUAUAGAGUAUUUAAUCUGUGGUAAGAAAUGAAAAUAGUGGUCGGGUGUUAGUAGAAGAUAGUACGCGAAGAAUAAGUUUGUAAUAAAAGGAUGAUUGUCGUUAACUCUAAUUAAUAUUUUCUCUGUGUCGUAAGGAUGAUAAUUAGAGAAGAAAAUUCGAAGACGUUUUUUUCGGUAAGAAUUGACGGUAGUGAAUGGCGGCGCCAGUUGUAUUAUCGCUUGCUCAGAUCAUUCUUACAUAUAAGAGUGAGCAUAGCGGGAGCAUGACCGGGAACGCAUAUUAUCUGCAGACUGGAUGAAAUGUCAGACCUGUGUCGGGGGUGGGUGGAUACAUGGAUUGGUGAGAGGUUAAGCGCAAGGAGACCAAUUCUAACUUUUAGUGAUUUUGGUAAUGCUGUUGAAAGCUUUCGGAAUUCUUAGUAGUCACAUAAUUAUUCUCUAUAGUCAACCAGUCUUGUUCUACUUUACGGAUAAAUGUAUAGGUUGGCACCGAUGUUUUCUGUAUUCUGUACAAUAUAAUUUGCAGUGCAUGUUCGGUGAGUGACAGAAAACUUGACCACGUUUAAUAUUAUUUCAAUGCAAAA